CAAGUGGAAAAUCGCCAUGACUAUUUUACCCACUACAGAUAAAUAAAUAAAAAUAUAAAAAAUAAAAAAUCAGUCCAGUCCAGUUGUCAAUCUAUAUUUGGAUGUUAAUAAAUUCCGGCCAAAAUGGCGCCUAUACAUCUGAUUAUAACAGCCACGAAAGUCGCCGGAGUUUUGGCGACAAUAACCGUCGCUGCCAACGCCGUGUCUUUCAAUCGUUACCGGAAAACAAACCUCGCUCCCUUUGAGUCUCCCAUCGACGAAACUUCCGAUACUCUCGCCGUUUUUAACGUCAAUUGCUCCGAUUCCGAUGAUGAAGAGGAAGAAGAUUUCUUUUUCGGGUUGGCGACAGCACCAGCUCAUGUUGAAGACGGGCUCAAUGAUGCUUGGCUUAAGUUUGCACAAGAUGAGAAUAUUAACAAACAAGAUCCAGCGCAGCAGAAGGAAACAGCAGAUGCGAUUAUGGGUUCUGCAACUGGUGAUGGUGGAUCUCAACAAGCUGCUAGACCUUUAAAGAGGAAGAAGUCCCUUAACGUAUCAAUGGAAGCAAAAAUUAGAGGGAUCGUGAAGUAUAUUGAAGAGGAUGAAUCCACGUUGAGUGAAGAUGUGCAGCAUAAUGUAGCUGCAUGGCACAAUGUUCCAAACCCGGAGGAGAGGUUAAGGUUUUGGUCGGAUCCUGAUACAGAACUGAAGUUGGCUCGAGAUACUGGUAUUAAGGUCUUUCGAAUGGGGAUUGAUUGGACAAGGAUCAUGCCUAAGGAGCCGGUCAAUGGCCUUAAAGAAUCAAUUAAUUAUGCAGCACUAGAGCGAUACAGGUGGAUUAUCGGUAGAGUUCAAUCUUAUGGGAUGAAGGUUAUGCUGACUUUGUUCCACCACUCACUGCCACCAUGGGCUGGGGAUUAUGGAGGAUGGAAGUCAGAGAAAACUGUAGACUAUUUUAUGGACUUUACUAGGGUUGUGGUUGACAAUGUAUUUGAGCUUGUUGACUACUGGGUCACAUUUAACGAGCCUCAUGUCUUCUGUAUGCUCACUUACUGUUCUGGUACUUGGCCUGGUGGUCAUCCUAACAUGUUAGAGGCUGCUACUUCUACUCUACCUACUGGUGUCUUUAAUCAGACUAUGCAUUGGAUUGCUGUUGCUCACAACAAGGCUUAUGACUACAUCCAUGAACAAAGUGUAUUAUUAAGCCCAGUAGUGGGAGUUGCACACCAUGUCUCUUUCAUGCGUCCAUAUGGCCUCUUUGACAUUGCUGGUGUUUCAAUAGCCAACUCUUUGAGUCUCUUCCCUUUUUUGGACGAUAUAUCUGAUAAAAUGGACUUUAUAGGAAUAAAUUACUAUGGCCAGGAAGUGGUCUGUGGUGCUGGACUAAAGUUAGUUGAGACCGACGAAUAUAGUGAAUCAGGGCGUGGGGUAUAUCCAGACGGCUUGUUUCGAUCUCUGUUACAUUACCAUGAAAGAUACAAACAUCUUAAAGUUCCUUUUAUCAUCACUGAAAACGGUAUUUCUGACGAGACAGAUUUGAUAAGGAGACCAUACAUUUUAGAGCAUUUACUUGCUAUUUAUGGAGCCAUGAUGAUGGGUGUUCGAGUGCUUGGGUACCUGUUUUGGACCACUUCCGACAACUGGGAGUGGGCCGAUGGUUAUGGUCCAAAGUUUGGGCUUGUCGCAGUCGAUCGUUUAAAUGAUCUUGCACGAGUCCCACGUCCCUCAUACCAUCUGUUCUCCAAGGUGGUAACUUCUGGUAAAAUUACUCGCCAAGACCGAGACAAAGCAUGGUACGAACUUCAGAAAGCUGCUCGAGAGAAGAAAACAAGACCAUUUUACCGUACAGUAAACAAAUAUGGGUUAAUGUAUGCAGGAGGUCUCGACGAACCAAUAUGGCGACCAUAUAUUGAACGGGAUUGGCGUUUUGGACACUAUGAAAUGGAAGGACUACAAGACCCAUUUAGCCGAUUUUUUAGAUUCAUCACUCGACUGCUACCCUUUAGAAGAAAGAAACCUGAAGAUCAAGAGGACUAUGAGCUUGUGGUUCAACCAAUCUAGUUUCACAUUUAACCAAGCAGGUUGUCUGAUACAGCCAUAUUUUUGAACCAAUGGUUGUAUAUCACCUCUCUUUCUCCAAUUGCUAGAGAUGUAAUAAAAUCUGAGAAAAGAUGUAAAUGGUUCGAAAUUCUUUGUAUGCUCUAUCUCAACCGAUAUGUAUGUAGCUUUGUGCAAGCCAAAGUUGUUCGGGACACUUUUAGUGGUUACAAUAUUAACCCGUUUAUGUCAAAAUGGGCAUAUAUGGGUGGAGAUAGAGAUGUAAUACAGCUGAGAAAAGACGAAAAUGGUUGUAUAUCACCCUUUUUUUUCUUCUUUUUUUUUUCCCCCAAUUGCUAGAGAUGUAAUAACAGUCGAGAAAAGAUGAUAGUUACAUACAUUGGAACUUGAGCCUAAAAAGCAUUUGACAUCA